UAGGCGUCUCUGCAGGUAGGCGUCUCUGCAGGUAGGAGUCUCUGCAGGUAGGCGUCUCUGCAGGUAGGCGUCUCUGCAGGUAGGCGUCUCUGCAGGUAGGAGUGUCUGCAGGUAGGAGUGUCUGCAGGUAGGAGUGUCUGCAGGUAGGAGUCUCUGCAGGUAGGAGUCUCUGCAGGUAGGAGUGUCUGCAGGUAGGAGUCUCUGCAGGUAGGAGUCUCUGCAGGUAGGAGUCUGCAGGUAGGAGUCUCUACAGGUAGGAGUGUCUGCAGGUAGGAGUGUCUGCAGGUAGGAGUCUCUACAGGUAGGAGUGUCUGCAGGUAGGAGUCUCUACAGGUAGGAGUGUCUGCAGGUAGGAGUGUCUACAGGUAGGAGUCUCUACAGGUAGGAGUCUCUACAGGUAGGAGUCUCUACAGGUAGGAGUCUCUACAGGUAGGAGUCUCUACAGGUAGGUGUCUCUGCAGGUAGGUGUCUCUGCAGGUAGGAGUGUCUACAGGUAGGAGUCUCUACAGGUAGGAGUGUCUGCAGGUAGGUGUCUCUGCAGGUAGGAGUCUCUGCAGGUAGGUGUGUAUGCUGCAGGUAGGAGUCUCUGCAGGUAGGAGUCUCUACAGGUAGGUGUCUCUACAGGUAGGAGUCUCUACAGGUAGGUGUCUCUACAGGUAGGAGUCUCUACAGGUAGAUGUCUGCUGCAGGUAGAUGUCUCUGCUCUGUGCUGUAAUAACAGUUUCUGCAGGCUCAGAGCUGUAUGAAGUCUCAGGAAGUCCCUCAGAGGCCAAACGUCAACGCUUCAGGCAGACAGGCAGGAAGUGAGACACCAGCCAGUGAGACGGGCUCCAGAGAACCCUGAGGACAGGCCCAGUGUGAGGACGCUCAUGUCGAGGAUGGACACGAGUCCCAGCAGAGACCACAGGUCAAUAGAAACUUUAAAAGAAGGAUUUACUUUGAUUUAAUCAGGACAAAAGACAGAUUUUCACCUGGAUCUGAAGACGUAACAGGAAUAUUUUCACCGUCUGAAUCCACAGAGCGGACCGUCGACAGCUUCUCACAGAUCAGGAUUAUGGUGCAGUGAGCUUCAUGUGAGGAGCUGAAGAACCGUCAUGAUGCUGAGAUGUGAAGCUGUCAGUUUGUUGUUCUUCCUGCUGCUCCAGGAUGUGAGCGCUGCAGCUCAGGACUCUGCAGGACCUGUUCCCUGCAGCAUCUCCGUGUCRGAGCUGCUCUUGGGUCUGGACUCUGUGUCUCUGACCCUCAGCACUCCAGGACAGAACUGCUCCUUCUCRGCGGUGUCUGAGCACGCUGCAGGGGACUGCAAGGAGCCGAGCUGGAGCCACGUACCGCCGGAGCGGCUGCGACUCGGAGACGGAGGAGGAAACGGCAGCAGCACGCAGGUUUUCACCUGCUUGUUGGAGCACCUGGAGCCUGGCUCCGCCUACGAGCUGCGGGUCCAAUCACAGACUGACGAGGAGUCCAGGAACGUCACCGUUCACACCAGGCCGGCGGCGGUGGUCGGCCUGGCGGUGACCUCCAGGACCUGCAGCAGCCUGGGCCUUUCCUGGCAGCCGGGCCCCGGCAGGACGCAGCACUUCAGGCUGCAGCUGCAGGAUCAGUCAGGUCUGCUGAAGAACGAGACAUUAGAAAACACAACCACACAGCACACGCUGCUCGGCCUGACGCCCGGGCGACUCUACAGCYUUACCAUGUUGACGGAGGCCGGCGAGCUGCAGAACAACGCAACAYUUGAAGCUCAGACAGUGCCCUCUGUUGUUUCCAACAUCACCGCCAACAACAACGCCACAAGCCUCUGGUUGUCAUGGGAACAACCCGAAGGUGACGUGGACGCGUUCGUCGUCACCUUCUCCUGCAACGACACCAUCGUCCAGGAGACCACGCUGCCUCGGGACGCCACGGCCGUCUCCGCCCACCAGCUGACUCCUGGCUCAGAGUACCGUGUUGGAAUGAUGUCUGUGAGCAACGGGCUGACCAACCAAUCAGAAAUCACCGUCAGGACAGCUCCAUCACCAGUGUCCCUCCUGUCCUCAUCUCCUUCCUCCUCCGGUGGCCUCCUCCUGACGUGGUCGCCUCCUGCUGGUCGCUGGGAGAACUACAGGCUGCUCCUCUUUGAUGGAUCCCAGGAGUUAGUCAGUACCCAUCUGGACCGGAACACUGUGAGCUUUAGCAUCAAUGGGACGGGUCUAACGCCUGGAAAACAAUACAGAGCUGUGCUGAGAGUGGAGAGUGGAGGACUGACAGCCGAGAGCAGCUGUGACGCAUCCACAGUUCCGAUGGCAUUCAGAACCAUCAACCUGAGCUCGUUAGGAGUGGACCGCCUGCAGGCAUCAUGGGAGAGACCACCAGGAGACAUGGAGGUGUUCACACUGACCCUCCUGCAGGACAGUGUUCCUGUUCAGAACCACAGCGUUCCACCUGCUUCUUCUUCUCUGGUUCUGACCGGUUUGACUCCCGGCGCCCUCUACAGGCUGCAGGCCGCCACCGUCAGCGGGGGGCUGCGCUCCAAACCCACCAGUCUGGAGGCUUGGACCG